GUAAAAGAUGCUGUUGGGAGAAUGUGUUUGGAUGCUAAGGACAUGUUAGAAUAUACUGUGUAGUUAUUUAUAGGGGUUUGAAGCUAUAUUUCUGGAAAGUGGAUAGGUUUGUCCUCUCUAACUUCACUAUUUCUUCCUUAAAAAAACACAAUUCAAGUUAAUUGCUUUAUAUAUUCCAAAAAAAAGAGAGAAUAAUUUAAUAUUAAUUAUGUAAUAUUAUACUAUUAUAAUAUAAUAUUAUCCAUUGUAUCAUAUUAAAUAUUGAUUAUAUAAUAUUAUUAUGUUAUUAAAGGAAGGAGAAGGCUGAAGGACUUGGGAGAUGGGAUGGAGGCUAUUAUUGUCUUUUUACCUCAAUAAAAUGUCGGCAAAGGGCCCGCCAACUAGAGCUAAUUAUGGGCCGAGGCUCGGGCCUAAAUUCUAUUCAUUUUUAAUCACACUUCAGGCUGGGCUGAUGUAAAACUUGAUGUUAUUUAUACUUAAGUUUGGCCCGUGAUUAGCUAUGCUCCCAACUGCUGACGACCGAGAUUAGGAUUGAUGAAAAUGAGGAUAAGAAAGUCUGGCAUCAAGGGCAAGAAGAAGGAUGAGGGUUUAUGGGGAUGGGGUGUGUGUGAGAGAGAGAUGGGCUGUUGAGACGGGAUUGGAGAUAUAUUCCGAAAUUUUCUUUCGUUCUUUUGAAAUUUUUUGUUAUUUUAGUUUUGAAAUCUAAUUAGAUCUCAUCUCAUUUGAUCAAGGAAAAAACAAGAAAGAAUAAGGAGACAGAGCAUGCUGGGGAGAAAGAUCUUAGAAUUUAGAUGAGGUAACAAAUAUUUUUUUUAAAAAAUAAAUACGUGAAAGAGCAAUUGAGACAGAGUUGGACGGUCUGAUCAGAAACCACAUGGGUCUUCGAAUAUGGAGAGCCUACCUAGAUUUCUCUCACCAAAACUCUCCACCUUGACUUGAAACAACUAUAUGCCCUCUUCUUUUUUUUUUUAACUGGCAUUUCAUAUUGCCAUCACAUGAGUACAGCCAGACAAGUCAAAAGAAAAAAAGUGAUACAAAGAAGAAGAGAUUCCAGUGGCCCUCGUUCAAACAAACUUAUCGAAGUGCCGAGCCAUGAAGAAAGCAAUCUAAUCUAUAGCUCUGUUUGUCUUCCGAAAAAUGUGUGAUGACUCUAUCUCGUUUGAAAAAUGUGUGAUGACUCUAUCUCGUUGGGUGCUUCAGCUCGAACUACCGCUUCGCAUUCAAAUGGAAAAGGUCGCGACGCGUCCCAUGAGUGCCGCAAAUGCCUCAAAGGUAAGGAAGCAAACGGAACUUCAACACAUGCAUUACCAAAAGUAAGUACGUCUCGAGCCUUUUAAUACUACCUGAGGAGGAUUGGUUGACGUUAGAUGGCGUGUCGCCCAUGUGGGACACCCACCGAAAAGGGCAGAUAUAUAUAUAUAUAUAUACACACACACCUCACAUGACCACCUCAUUGCGCAUAUAAACCAUCUCCAAAUCUACCCCUUGACCACCAUCCAUAUGCUCUCUUAAUAGCCAACACACUCUAAUCUUGCGCUCUGCUGUCUUCCCACCACCUUGCCUUUGAUAAAUUCCAACUCUCAAUUGAUUCUCUGAUCUGAUGCUUUUUUAUUUUAAGGGUGGAGAUAGAGAGAGACAGGAGCGACAGAGAAAAUAUUUGUAUAGAAAUCUAUCAGGGUUGCUGUCCUUGACCACCAAAGAUUCGCACGUACCACAACUAUUGUCAUCACAUUACAGCUAGCGAACAUGCAUGUAAAGUUUGGUGAUUAAAUUAGUCUUAAGAUAACUCGAACUAUGACUAUGCAUGUUCACUCACGUUACAAAUUGCUGUGAAUUGCUUGACGUUAGAUCCUGCGAUGGCUGUUCAAACCACCGCAUGACCAUUCGGAGGUCACUAGUACUCGUGGCAGAAGGAAGAGGGAGUUUGAAGGUAACGUACAGCUCAUGAAUCUGAUCUUUCUUCAUUUUGUUUGCCGAACAAAGUAUCUUGCCGACAUCGUUUUCGACCUACUUUUAACGACAUUUGUCAAAUGCUUAGAUGAACUGAAACCAACAGAUUUGGUCAUAUAUAAUCGAGGUGUUUCACCCCAGAGCUGGAAAGUAGAAUUGGAAGAAGAAGAGGAUGAGGAGGGAAAUAAAAGAACAUUCGCAAUUCUAAUGAGGAGAGAGGACAUGCUUUUAUAACACACUGCACUCGAAGCAUCUCAGAAGCCUCUAUUUGAAUCAAAAUUUGUGGCACCCUGAGAACAGCGAGCUGAGGAUGGGCCACAAGGCAGGGUCCCCAAACGUAGGCUGCAAAGUCCUACCAAUAUGUGAUUCUGCGUCGACUGGCUCUAAUGGUGGGGAGAGCAGCAAUGGCUCCGAGAAAGAUGUUCGCAAGGGCCAGCCAAGGAAGGCAGUUUCUCGAAUGAAGGAGCUUCUUAGAUGGGCUGCUGCUGCCAAGUCCCAUAAAGGUGGAAGCAAGGGAUGGAAGAAGGUCUUCUACUUCCAAAAGAGCGUGGCUCUUAAAGCCCAAGUGGAUGAUACAAGUUCAAAUUCUAGUAGAAGUUUCAGAUGGGAUGUGGGCGGCUGCUCGACUUCAUCAUCCGUGUAUUCUCCAGUAUCGCUGGCAUCGAUGUCUGGAUAUGAUCAAACAUGGGCGAAGAAUUCUUCCAAUCUUUCAGCUAAUUUUCGGAGUUCAGAAUGUGAUGCGAAUGCUAGCUCGAAGACUGAAGAUUACGUGAGGACCGGACAUUGGAUAACUACAGACUCUGACUUUGUGGUGCUGGAACUCUGAAGCACUCAUGCUUUCAGAUACCUGCGGCAUUGAGCAAACUGAUGGAUUGCUCAGAUAUUUCUUGGUUCUCAAGCACGAUGUCUUGUGGAGGGUUAAUAUUUUGGCUUCCUCAAACCGAAGGAUGUGCAUUGUUUUUGGGAGAAAAUGGACCAAUAAGUUGAAAGACCAAAAUGGUGGACAUGGAGUAACCCACGCAGGGAUCUGUUUACUUCUCAAUGAGUUUUGAGAAAAAAUUCUGAGUGAUUGAUUUUAAUGUUUGGAUCAAUAAGUCUUCUCUCCAACCUCAGGAUCCCUUGGAAGAGAAUCCAAUUCAGACGGCAUCAGGUCCGGCGCUCGAGUCUUCCAAAGCCACCGGGGAUCAUAGAAGGAGCUGCCUGCUUGAGAGCCAUGGGGGCGGUGAAAGAUUAAUACGGUGAAACUAGUUCCUUCUUACGGUUUGUUUAGAUGAUUAGGCUAAAAAUUUUAUUCAAUUUGUUGGUUGGACUAGUAAGCAAAAUCGUAAGAUUAUAUGCUAGACUAAAUCUAUAUUCAUAAGUGCCCAUGAAUAGCUUUGAAAGGAGCCAAUCUGAACCUUAUAUAGGAAGAAGGAAAAAAAAAAUAGUAUGUAACCCUAGAGUUAUAUGAUUCAGGCCGGCUCAUUCCAAAUCGAUUCAAGAAUAUUUAUGAAUAUAGGUCUAAUCCAAUUUAUAAUUUUAUAAUUUUGCUGGAUAGUUUUGAAUAGUUUUGUACUAGGCUAAUUUAUGAAUUCGAUAAAAUUUUUAGCCUAAUUAUUCAAAAUAAUGUAAGAGGAGGAAAAAGAUUUUGCCCUUAACAGUUCCGCAUGAACUUCUUAAAUUGGGUGGGGGAGGGCUUGCGGGUAUUCUAUCUCGGAGGAAACAGCCGUGGAGAUCUCGAACUCCCUUCGGGCCAAGGAAAAAGAGAGAGCUGCUGUGCUUGUGCGAUGGCUUCUGUUGGUCCUUUGCUUUUGUGAAGACCCGAACUGAAGUCGGCAAGGAGUGCCGACUUCAGUUGGAUCAUCGUGGGUUGCCCACGAAGACCAUGCCGGCCGAACGGCCAGCGUGAUCUCCGCAAGCCACCCCUCUCUUCCCUCUCUCCCUCUCUCCCCCUCUCUCUCUCUC